AUAGUUUAGGGAAAUAUGGAUAAUAGGUAAGGGUAUUCUUGUCAUUUGGGCAUUUGCUAAACAUAGUGUUGACGACGAAACGGCGUCGUAUUAGUGGAGAUUCCAGCGGCAAAAUCCUUCUCACCUUAGAAACACUAUCUAUCGACUACAACCAUGAGCGCUCUUACCUCGACGACUCUCUACAACGCAAGAUUUCCCGGUACGUUCCUUCUACGCCCCAGAAAUUAUGGAAUUAGAGUUCGAUUUCCUCUGCAAGGUACUAGAGCACAAGCCAGUUCAACGGAGCCGGACAUACAGACACAGCAGUCUGAAGAAGAUGUUCGACAAUCCGAUAAAGAUCAAGAAGUUGAAGAGACAAGCAGGAAUUCGAGUGGGCUGACGACAUCGGCGCCUGUCCUCGAUAAAGAUCUCAAAAAGGUGGUCCAAAAGACAGCUGCGACCUUUGCGCCAAGAGCUUCGACUGCAACCAAAAACCCUGCUGUACCUGGCACGGUUUUAUACACCGUAUUUGAGGUUCAAGGAUAUGUCUCUCUGUUACUUGGUGGAGCUCUCUCUUUCAAUCUUUUAUUUCCUUCAAAUGAACCGGACUUAUGGAGGCUAAUGGGCAUGUGGUCCAUAUGGAUGUUCACUAUACCUUCCCUCCGUGCACGGGACUGCUCCAAGAACGAGAAAGAAGCGCUGAAUUACCUCUUCCUUCUGAUUCCAUUGAUUAACAUCAUCAUCCCAUUUUUCUGGAAAUCAUUUGCUGUAGUAUGGUCUGCCGACACCAUAGCCUUUUUUGGAAUGUACACCUGGAAGCUUGGAUGGCUUUCACAGAAAGAAUAGGUAAAAUAUCUCGUAAAAGAAUACAUACCUCAAGUUCAGGCCGGCAUCUCAAUACACCCGCAUAUACACUUCCUGCAAGAACAAUUAAUCCAAGCCAAUGUUGGGUCCAUUCCGGGAGACUGCAAAGGCUGUUGUUCUUGAGGAAGAUGGUAAAUUAUAACUUUCAGUAGCACUUAGUGCUGUGCUGUGAUGCAGAUAUUUGUCGAAACAUUGGUCGGAUACGGUUGUUUUGCUCACAAAUAUUGAUUUGAUCUAUAAGUAGAGAAGCCAAAGAGAGGCUGAAUCA